UACACAAGUGCCCAUUCUAGAAAAUCAAGAAAAAUGACCAAUAGCCAUCUCCAGCAAUGCUCUUGUUACUAAGCUCGUUAUUUACAGUCAUGUGCUAUGAUGGAGAAACAUGAGAGUUUGAAUUCCUAUUCCAGUAAUGAUGAUAAAACAUUAAAGAUCACAGAUAUCGAUCAUUCCAAUCGCCAGAUGAAGGACCCAAAAGAUUACAAUCGCCAGAUGAAGGACCCAAAAGAUUGCAAUCACCAGAUGAAGGACCCAAAAGAUUGCAAUCGCCAGAUGAAGGACCCAAAAGAUUGCAAUCACCAGAUGAAGGACCCAAAAGAUUACAAUCGCCAGAUGAAGGACCCAAAAGAUUGCAAUCACCAGAUGAAGGACCCAAAAGAUUACAAUCACCAGAUGAAGGACCCAAAAGAUUACAAUCACCAGAUGAAGGACCCAAAAGAUUUGUAUCCCAGCUCCAAUCCUGAAGAUAAUGAAUUGAUUAGUACCAGUCCUAGCUUAGCUCUUCCACAUUUACAUAACGAAGAAGGAUUGAGCUCGUGUCUCCCUUCCAAUGAUAAAGAAUCAUGGAUAACAGCUACCAGUGCUGCCAUUCGUAAAAUUGAAGAAAGGUACAGCAAAAAGGUCAGUUCUCAGUUGGGCUCCUCGGAGGCUCCCUUCAUUGAAACUGACUUUUCCGUGCCCUGUUUGACAAAAGAUGUGAACCGGAAAGAUAGACCCAAAUCAGAUUCCUUUAUGGGAGUGCAAGAAUUUCAUUUGAAGCCUUGUAUCACGCGCAGGACGCUUUCUGAUUCGAGACAAGAUCGUCAGCUCAGUGUUAGUUUCCAACCGUCUUCUGAGCCCCCUGUCAGACGCGGGAUGACUAGUACUGCAUUCCCUUUGGAUGACAUGAAGUAUAUUGAUGACAGCACGAAAAGUUCAGUUUCCACAUUUUACAUCCAUUCCGGGUCCCUGUCCCCAGCAUCUUCCUCGUGUCGUUUCUCAAUGACAGCUAACAAAGUUCCGGAAUCUCCAAUAUCCCGCGGCUCCCCCGUUUUCAAGUUUGAUGGAUUAUAUCAGGACUACAUUCACACUAAGACAACCCCCCUUGAAAAGGAUUAUUACGAUUCGAUCGAAGAAGAAACAUUUACCAAAUCUGAAGGCGAGAUCCGACUGCCAUCUAACCUAGUUACCGAAAAAAAUAAAGGUCUUCCUCGAUGGGUAGUCGAUACUCAAAGUGUGUAUGCUUUACAACUGGAAAAAGACUUCAGGUACUAUUUUCAGCAUCCCUACGCUCGUCUGUUUGUAUGUUAUUUCGUUAUAUUUUGCAAUUUUCUCAUUUUCGCUGAAGAUCCAGUCUCGCACAGUCACACGGAGAGCGAGAUGCCGGUAGUAGGAAACGUCUUUUCUUUCGUAGCAACAAAAUACCCUCCCGAGUGGACAUGGUGUCUCGUGAAGGUGGCGCUAUGGUUGUUUGCCAUCUUUUUAGGCCUUGAAUUUGGAAAGUAUUGUAUCCACCAUUGCCUUUUAAGAAAUAUCUUCCGACUGAAAAUGUUCCGGGAAGAACAAGGAACAUGGAUGAUAAUGUUUCUUACUGUAAUCGUUUUCGUGUACAUCUUCUCUCUGGUGUAUAACGCCUUUUUACUGUCCAGCUACCCCAACUCCGAGCCCUACAGAAUUACCGGUAGAAUGGGGAUCACCAAUAUGAACUUCAUGAAAGCUGCCGCCUGUGGUACUUGGCUGGGGGACUUCGUCACUGCCUGGAUGGUUACGGAUAUGAUGCUUCAAGAUAACCUCUACGUUGAUUGGGCCAAAACAGCCAGAAGAUUCUGGAAGUCCCAUGGCCGGGUUCGUAUCUUCAUCUUCUGGGCUGGUUCUUCUAUCAUGACGGCGCUAGUUGUGACCUUAAUAGUCAGUGAUGGGAUCACUUGGGAUCGUCUAAACAGGGAUUUUGUGGCUACCACUGAGCUGUCGCGAGCGUUCUUGGCUUCCUUUAUACUGGUUAUGGAUCUUUUGAUUGUGAUGCAGGACUGGGACUUUCCACAUUUUGUCUGUGAUUUGGACAUAAAGCUUCCUGGUAUGCACGUAGUUUCUUUUAAGUACAGGAUGUUUCAGAAGUACGUCAGUAUUCCAGAUGUAGUCUUUCACAUUACAGGAAAAUGGUUCAACUAUGGAAUAAUCAUGUUCGUCAUGAUUUUGGAUUUGAACAUGUGGAAAAAUCAGAUUUUCUACUCUCCCGAAGCAUAUGGUCAGUAUAUAGGGCCCCAUUACAAAGUAUAUACUGUAGCUGAUCAGGAGAUUCUAGAAACAGGUAACACGACUCUUUGGACUUAUGAGGUGAGAGCUAAUACCAUUAUUCUGGAGACAAACAGGACCUGCGUGGAAGACGACAUGUUAAUGAAUUCUCGUUAUCUUAACUACCCAUUGUCCGUAAAGGGAAUGGCUUUCAUUCCUUCACUUCUAGGCUUCGUGAUGUUUGGCACUCUCACUUAUUUGUAUGGUCGUUUCCCGCCCAAAACUGAUGCAACAGCAGGGGGUAGGCUUAAGAAAAGGAGCAGCUGGAGACGAGAACGAGGCAGUAGCGACCGGAAACAAGCCCUCCAUCAUAUUGGAAUAUCAGAUUUCAAAAAACUCAAACGGAAGAAGCGAAAAGGGAUCAAAAGGCCACCGACAGAAGUGGUAGUUUCGUGGAAUGAAACAGUUGGUACGUCAACUAGCUGUUUCCGAUGAUAAAAGCUACGUUUAACCCUAAACAAAAUGGCGGCAGAGCAAAGCAUUUAUAUAUUUAUGGAUUUGUAACUUUUAAAGUACCAGAAAAUGUAUUUUGUUGUAUUUUUGUGGUGAUAUUCUGUGAAAAAAAAGUAUUUAUAUUCCUCGUGAAAUUACUCUUUAAGGAUUUGCUAAUAUAGAUAUAAAUAUAUUUAUUUAUUUUAGAGUAACAAAGUGAAGCAAAGUGAUGUUUCAUGUUAGGUUUCGUAAAUAUUUUAAUCCAGAGUUUAUGAACAAAUAGAAAGAAACGACUGUACCUGACAUUUUAAAAAUAUUCUCUAAUUGUAAAACUUACUAAACUAAAAUUUAUAAAACUGUAUAGUUGAUUAAGAUUUUUACUUUAAUUGUUCAGUAUUGGUUGCUUCCCGGAAAGUUAUGGCUUUUUUGGCGGACGAGCCGGUACUUUUAUUUUUUUACAAGUUUUACAAAUAACGUUUUGUAACAGCACCAAUAAUUUUCGUUUGUUAGUUAAAUAUAUUCGCUUGAGAAAACUUUGAACACUAUUAGAAUUAAUUAUAGGUUAAACAUUGUUAGCAACAUUUGCGAUAAAGGCCGUUGUUAUGAAAGCUGCUGCACCAAAGAACCAACUUUGCUCUUAGAGAACCACGGCGCGGGACAGAGAACUUUGGUUAUUUUAAAAUUUUUUUAUAGUCCACAAUUAUUUACUGUUUGAAUACAAAACCUGUUAGUUUGUGAAACAAUUGUCAACAUACAUCGUGCGGCCACUUUGUUUUACGCCUCGUCUAAUAUUAGGCUGGGCUAUCCUUUGUGGCAAUAGCCAAGGUUCCAUGUGUGCACAAGGUUCUUGAAGGAGGAGUUAUAGGGUCUCCAAUACUAAGAGAGGAUUCACGUAGCGAAUGUAAUGUCCAAACUGAUCCUCAUGAGACUGAAAGGUAAUUAAGAUCCGGUGAUUGGGCUGACCAAUAAAGAUGGCUGAAAUCACUGUCAUGCUCGAUUUGAGGAAUAAGAGCUCGAUGUAUUGAACACUUAAGUAUUUGGAGGACCUUUUCCUUAUUAGAGUAUAAAUGAGCCACUGUGGGGAUGGGUGUGAUAAGUAUCAAUGCUAGAUAUUCUUUCGGUGUUAGUCACCCUUUUAAAGAAAUGAACAGACCCACCGUCUGUCAUAAGAACGUUCUCUACUUCAUUAUGACACCUCCUAGCAGGACCAAGUGUCCCAAGUGAGCUUCUCUUUCAAUGUUCGUUUCAAGUCGUUCACUAUCCAAUAUUUACGCUCUGAGCACCACAGUUAAAGUAGCCCACGAUUAGCUUUCCGCGAAAUCCAACAAAUAAACAAACUGAGCACCACAGGCAGUUAAGGUAAUUUUCGGACUGUUUGUCGUCUGCAGUGCGGUAAUUUUCAAUGAUACUAUUAGGAAUUAUGAUGUCAUUGAUACUGUUUAAGUAAUCGGUUAAAAAAAUUUGGGUCCGUGGUCGCAGAGAAUGUCCCCCCCCCCAUAAAACCCCACAGUAUAAAGAGUCAACGAUUCUGUCAUUUGCACUGUUAAAAUAUACCUUUGGGAGUCUGUUUGUUUGUUUGUAAUUAAGCACAAAGUUACACAAUGGGCUAUCUGUGCUCUGCUUUCAUCUUAUGCAAAUCGAUAUUUGAUACAAGUCUGUAUGUGUCCGCUUUUAAGUGGCGAACCUCUGGACCGAUUUUACCAGACUUAGCAUGUAUCCCUAGGGCCCCCAUAAAAGUAAUAUAACGCGUUGUCGUGCGGUUUUGACCCCUCACGUCAAGUUGUAAAUAUUAAAACAGAGUAAAAUAUAUUGUGUAAAUGUCAACUAGUUAAGUUACAUUUCUCAACGUAUCUCAUAUAUUUUCUCUAAUUAUACGUCAACAAAAAUAUUACGUGUGUUGUGAAAUCCCCCCCCCCCUGGUGACUCAGUAAUAAGUCUGACGGCUUAAAAUGCUAAAAACCGGGUUUCAACACCCGUAGUUGGCAACGCAUUGAUAGCCAAUUGUGUUGCUUUCUGCUUAGCUAAAAACAUACAAACUACAAAAAACAAAAGCGUUAAAAAAAUACAAAUAAAAAACGACCAUAAGCAUAACGUUUGGAUAUUAUGGGGAGGGGUAUUUUUGCUCUGCUCUUCAAAUAUAAGAUUGCACUUCCGAUCAAAAUGCUCUUCAAAUAUAGGAUUGCACUUCCGAUCAAAAUGCUCUUCAAAUAUAGGAUUGCACUUCCGAUCAAAAGAGGAUUUUUUUUUAAAACGAAAAUACAACAUGUUACGAUAAAAUCAGCGUUUGCUAAACCCAUCUAGAUGUGCUUGCGAUUUUAUUUGUUUACAAAAGAAGAAGAAAAAAAAAGUAUUUAAAUUUUCUUUG